AUGGAAACAAGAUCUGCAAAGCGAAGAAAGCUUUGGUUUGUUGAAAAUGAAAUUGAGGUUAACAACAAUGGCAUCGACAGAAUCAGUGAUCUCCCCGACGUUAUUCUUCAUCAAAUACUUUUCCUCCUCCCCAUCAAAUCGAUCGCUCAAACCAGCACUUUAUCAAAACGAUGGAGAUCCCUCUGGUCCUCAUUCCCUGACCUAGACUUUAGCACCAUUAACCCACUUGGCAUUUCUUCUAACACAGCAAUCACUUCGAAAAGGCCACGCGAUUUAUCUUUUAACGAAACUGAUUUGAUUUCCCAGGUGUUAGCUCUCCGUGAUAAGCAUUCCGAUAUAAGGACCCUUCGUUUUCGUGCUCAUUUGAGUUUUUCCUGUCUAAAUGGCUUGAUUCGGCGGGCUAUAAGGCACAAUGUUCAUGAACUCGACAUUGAGGUCGCCACUGAUGAUUAUUUUAACUUGCCACGUUGUGUGAUAAAGAGUGAAUCUUUACGAGCUUUUAAGUUGAAAUCACGUUAUCGUGGAUUCAGAUUACCUCUUUCAUCAAUAAUGAAAGAUGGGUUUCGAUCACUCCACACAUUGUCACUUUCUCUUGUCAUUUUAUUCGACGAACCCUCUCUUCUUGAUUUGUUUACGGAUUCAUCAUUUUCCCAUCUAAAAAAACUGAAUCUUGAUGCUUGUUUUGGGUUAAAGCAUCUUAAGGUUAGUUGUCGAGCCCUUGAAGAUUUAACCUUAGAGAACUGUAUUCAGCUUCAUGGUUUGGAUAUUUAUGGUGCAAAAUUAGAGAGAUUGAGAGUUGCAAGUUGUUUUGAUGCUAAUUGUGAUAAGACCUGGGUGAAGAUUAAUGCUCAGAAACUCAACAUUCUCCGUUGGGAAUACAAUGCUGUUACUGGAAGUAGUUCUCUAGAGAAUUUAACAUCUUUGCAUGAGGCUUCGGUUGGUUUUAUCGUACUUCAUGAAGACUUGACAGCUGCUAAGCUCCAGAGCGUAUCAAAUUUUUUAGCAGGUCUUUGUCAUGUCCAUUGUUUAACACUUGAAAGCCCUUGCAUCGAGAUCCUCUCGAACAAGAAUUAUAUAGCGCCAGUGCAGCCAUUUAACAAUCUCAAAUCUUUGGAGUUGCAAACUGGCUUCAACAAACAUAAUGUCCACGGCUUAGCAUGCCUUUUCAGGAGAACUACUAUACUUCACACUUUUAUUCUUAAAAUCAUUAAUGAUUAUAAGAUUGAGAGGCGACAAUGGAAUAGGGACUUGUGGGACUUGUAUACUUCUGAAGAUGAACAAUAUUGGCAAUCUCAAGCACAAACUUUGCAGCCUUUCUUAAACCACCUUAAAGUGGUAGAGAUCCAUGGGUUUUUAGAAUGCGAGAAUGAAGUUAGUCUAGCAAAGUUUUUGCUCAAGAAUGGAAAAGCCUUGCGAGAAAUGACUCUUUGCACAGGACACUGCAACAGAGAUUCUCUCAGACGACAGAAGAUUAGGUCACAAAUGAUGGGUUUCUCUUGGGCUUCUUCUAACGCUAAAGUUGCAUUUCACUAA